CAAACUAUUAGUGUCUAGGUGUCUAACUAAAACUAAAACUUUAAAAAUUUCUUAAUAUAAAAAAGUAACAUUAAAGUGUUUAUUUAAUCUUGAUACUUUCUUAUGUUAUGACCUGUAACACGGGGCUGUAUUUUCUCUUUCCUAAAACUAGUAACAGACUAUCACAGGAAAUACUUCCCCUAUAAACUGGUCAUGACUGCAUUCCUUACGUAACAAUAGACAAAUAGCUUGACUUUCCCCAAAAGCAGGUACCAAAAGGACAGAUUCACUUUGACUUGCAUACGUGCAGCACGGUUUUCUCCGCUUCGUAAAGACAAGUGUAUUUUUGAACUGGCUGUUAAUUAAAUACAAAUAUCGUUUUUCUAGUUAUUUACUUAAUUAUUAAUUUGCCCGUCACAGAACGUUCUUUAGUAUUUUCGUUCCACAUUCCCUAAUUCUUUAUUUUAAAAAAAAUUACGUUAUUUUAUUUAAUCAGUUUUUAUUUCAUACAGAGUGCAUAAUACUGACAGAAUCAUUUGACGAGAAAAAAUAUUUGUCUUUAAUUUAAUCUUAUCUUGGUUUUAUUUCCCUAACGGAUCCCAGAAUAUGUGAUAAAUAUUAUAAAACAUACUCUCACUGUGUUUUUAUCGUUGUUACCUAAUAAUUACUUAUAAUACAGUUUGUAAGUUUAAUUAAUAAUUGUGUGUAAUAUUUUUAGACAACAGCGAAGAAGCAAAAUGUCUUCUGAUAAGAGUGCGCUAGAUGAGAGUGCAAUUGAAAAUUUUCGGAAAUAUUUAAAAAUACCUUCAGUUCAACCAAAUGUUAAUUAUGAUUCUUGUGUAGACUUUGUACGUGAACAGGCAGAAUCUUUGGGACUGCCUGUGAAUGUUUAUGAACCAGUUUUGAAGAAACCAAUAGUAGUUAUAACUUGGGAAGGUUUAGAGCCUGGCUUACCUUCAAUUCUUCUAAACGGUCAUAUGGAUGUCGUUCCUGUCUAUGCUGAAAAAUGGAAGCACCCACCUUUCGAUGCACAUAUGGAUGAAUCGGGAGACAUUUACGCUCGCGGAUGUCAAGACAUGAAAAAUCUAAGUAUCCAAUUUGUGGAAGCUAUUCGAAGAUUGAAAUUAAAUGGUGUCCGACUGAAAAGAACAAUUCACGUAUCAUUUGUUCCGGAUGAAGAAAUUGGCGGUGUUGAAGGUAUGAAAGCUUUUGUCGAUACCGAGGACUUUAAAAGCUUGAACGUUGGUUUUGCUUUCGAUGAGGGAGUCGUUUCUCCAUUGGAGUCGAUGAUUUUAUUUUACGGCGAAAGAUGUAAAUGGGAUGUUUGGAUUCACUGUACCGGUAAAUCAGGUCAUGGCAGUAUGAUGCACGAGGCAACGGCCGGAGAAAAAUUAUACAAAAUCAUCGAUAGUUUUAUGAAAUUUCGAGAAUCUGAAAAUAAUAAAUUGAAGACUUUGAAUUUGAAACCCGGAGAUGUGACGGCAGUUAAUUUAACAAUGGUUAAGGGAGGCGUACAAAUAAAUGUUAUUCCCGAGGAACUAUCGGUAGGAUUUGAUGUUCGUUUAGCUCCGGAUGUUGACCACGCGAAGUUUAGGGAACAGAUAGAGCAAUGGUGCAAAGAAGCUGGAGAAGGAGUUCAUUUUACUAUUAAAGGAGAUGGAUUCGUAGAGAGUACAAAAUUAGACGAUAGUAAUCCUUUCUGGAUGGCAUUUAAAAAGUCUUGCGAUGAUAAUGACAUUCAACUAGAACCUAUAAUUUGUCCAGGAGGGACAGAUGCUCGUAAUUUACGAAGGUUAGGGAUUCCGGCUCUUGGGUUUACCCCAGCAAACAAUACCCCUAUCCUACUUCAUCAGACUGACGAGCGCUUAAAUAAAGAUGUAUUCCUCAAGGGAAUCGAUAUCCUGAUGAAGGUUAUAGUUGCAGUCUCUAAUGUUUAGUUUAUUUUAUUCUUACUUAUAAAUAAAAAACGGAUAAAAAUAUAUUUAAUAUGUUGCAAUAAUGUACCUAUAGUUUUGAAAUAAAUAUUUUAGGUUCAAAAAUUA